CUCAAAUACCAGAUGCCAGUUUGAUGGCUAGCUUCGUUAUCUGCGUUUGAAUUAUGUCGAAACCUUGAUUGCGUUCGGCCCACUUCCCCAAGUCUCGGGCGAAAUUCUGUCGCGCCUCACCUCGAAAUCCCUUUCCAAAACACUCCUUGCGCUACCGCUGAGUGCGAGCGACAUCCAGACGAGCGUCUUAUUGCAUCUGUUUACGAGGACUCUAGUGGAAUAGCACGUAGAACGUAUCAACAUGCCAGGCCUCAUAGACACACCAAUCGCUGAGUCAGGUCGCAAUUCGCCUAAGCCUGCACCUGCGAAGAUAUGGACUCUCAGCGAGCCACCCUUUGAAGGCUAUAAAGCGCCAGACCCCCAGGGCUACGAGCACAGUAAUCGCGAUACGGCUAUAGUCAUAGACCAAGGAUCUUCAAACGUACGCGCCGGUUGGUCAUUUGACUUGAAACCCCGUAUCACGAUACCACCCCUUUGGGCGCGAUACAAGGACAGAAAGCUGAAUCGUUACUUCACAUUCGUCGGCUCGGAUGUGUACGCGGAUGGUACAGCAAGAGGACAAGCCAAGAACAUAUAUGAGCCAGGCAACAAUAUCGUGAACAACUGGGAUGCAGUAGAAGGUGUUCUCGACUAUAUCUUCAUAAAACUUGGAAUUGACGGCGAUUCGAGUACGGGCAUUGAGCGACCGAUUGUCAUGACUGAGCCUGUGGCCAAUUUAGGAUAUACAAGAAGAACCAUGUCGGAGAUCUUGUUCGAAUGCUACGGGGCUACAUCCGUUGCUUACGGAAUCGACUCACUCUUCUCGUAUAAAUACAACAAAGGAAAGACUGGCCUCGUGAUAUCUUCUUCAUACACUUCGACCCACCUCAUACCAGUGGUCAACUCCAAAGCCAUGCUUACGCACGCCACAAGGCUGAAUUGGGGUCGGCAACAAAGUGCAGACUAUCUGCUUAAGUUGCUUAGACUGAAGUACCCCACAUUUCCUGGCAAAAUUACUGAUCCGCAAGCUGAAGACCUUGUACGAGAUCAUUGCUACAUCGCUCAAGAUUAUCAGGAUGAGAUUUGCCAUUUUCUCGAUUGGACGGGACUAGAGGAUCGAGAUCAUGUCAUACAACACCCUUUCACCGAACAAAUUGUAGUCCAAAAAACAGAGGAGGAGCUAGCACAGAUUGCAGAACGUAAGAAAGAGAGUGGAAGACGUCUGCAAGAGCAAGCAGCGAAGAUGCGUCUAAAGAAACUGAUGGACAAGGAACAAGAACUUGAGUACUAUAAGCAACUGCGGAAUAGGCUUGCAGAUCUACCAAAGAAGCAAGUCAGGCAAUUGUUAGAAGCCGAGGAUUUCGAUGAUGAAAGUCAACUCGAAAAGCGGAUUCGUGAUUUAGAUAAGGCAAUAACCAAAGCACGGAAGAAGGACCUGGGCGAGGAGGUAGAGGAAGAGCAAGCAGAGCCACCUACUUUCCCUCUCCUAGACAUCGAUGAUGCAGAGCUGGACGAAGAGCAGAAAAAGGAGAAAAAACAGCAACGACUGAUGAAGUCAAAUUACGAGGCGCGACAGCGAGCCAAAGCCGAGAAAGAGAGGGAGAAGGCUCGGAUAGCAGAGGAGGAGCGAUUAGAUAACGAACGAAGAGAAAACGACCUUGAGGGCUGGGUCGACGAGAGGAGGCAAGCAAGACAGGAGCUCUUGCAGCGCAUAAAGGAACGAGAUCGCCUGAAAGCUGAUCUAGGAAAUCGCAAAUCUCUGGCUAACCAGAUGCGCAUGAAGACUAUUGCAAACUUGGCGUCGGAGAACACUUCGAAAAAGAGACGCCGCGGUGGUGACGAUGAUACUUUUGGUGCCGACGAUGCAGACUGGGCUGUCUACCGCCAAGUGCAGACGGGGGAUCAAAGUGACGACGAUGAAGAGGAGGAUCUCGAUGCUCAGCUCAAGAACCUCGAAGGCCAGCUGUUGAAAUUCGAUCCGAAUUUCACGGAGGACAGCACACGGGAGGCGCAGCUUGACUGGACAAAGAGCCUUGUACACGCCUUCCUGCGAGGACCAUGGCCCUUCAACCCGGAAAGCCAGCGGGAACUGAAUCAAGUUCACCUUAACGUUGAGCGAAUACGGGUGCCAGAGGUGGUGUUCCAGCCUUCGAUCGCAGGACUGGAUCAAGCCGGGGUUGUCGAAAUUGCUACUGGUAUUCUCAACGAGCGAUUAGUCGACGCGCCGUAUAGGGGCGACAUGCUCAAGGAUAUCUUCUUGACGGGCGGCAACACGUUGUUCCAAGGAUUUGAGGAAAGGUUGCGAAAGGAGCUCAUGGCUGUAUUAGCACAGGGAGAACACUUUAACGUUCGGGCGGCGAAGGACCCGGUUCUGGACGCAUGGCGAGGAGCUGCGAAGUGGGCUGGAGAGGCCGGAUCGAAGCAGAGCUUUGUCACGAGAGCGGAAUGGAUGGAGAAAGGUGGUGAAUACAUCAAGGAGCAUGAUUACGGCAACAUUCCUCUGUAACGAGCACGAAGCGGUAAUCGGCAUGGUUUAUCUCUGCGAUCUAACCUCAAGGCUCUGUGCAAAUUCGUUCCCAAUCAAGUGAAUGUUCAGAUAUGAGCUUUUAAAAUUUGAUCGUGACAACAUCCGC